AUGUUAGUCGCCGAUUCAGGCAAUCUGUACAUUGAAACCGGCCACCCGGCAUACCCACAUGUUGUUGACUUUCUUAUCUCAUGUUGUGAGCCAGUCAGCCGCACCCACCACAUUGAGCAGUAUCGUAUCGACAGCUCCUCUAUUUCUGCAGCGAACGCAGAGGGGACCUAUACCUGUGAUAUGAUUCGCAACGUUCUGCGUUAUUACCGUACAGACAGCACAGGCGAGUUCCCGCUUGACCUUCAGAAGCUGUCGGACAUCGAGGCAUGGGUUCUCUCAUCUGCCUUUUCAGGAAGCAGUGAGCUUGACGGUGAGAUGGAAAACGGCGACUCAGGCGAGGCAGCAGGGGAGGAUCUGAGGGUCUCCUACUGGAGGAAAUUCCCGUCGUGUCUGGGCACCGCAGGCGAACGGAAACCGGCAGAGGCUGAGCAGUCUUCCACACGGGAUUGCGUGAUUGAGAAUAAUUGCGUGAAUAUGGCAAGGAUCUCCUCUUCAGCAGCCACUUCAGCUAAAGAGUACUACCCUCGUGUUCUUUCGUUGAAAGUAGGUGGCCCUAAGAGUGAAAAGGGUACUCCUGCUGAGGGCUCUAAUGAGCGGAAGCUGCCAAAUAUAUUUUAUACGACUACACCUUUAGUAGCUCUUGCAUUAAAGCAGCCAGAGGAGUGGACACCGCGACCGCUACCCGCCCUGAUUGAGGAUCUACUUGCUGAGGAGGAAAAUUCUUCAAAAAUGCAGAUUGUACUGCAGCCGAGACUCAGACGCUUUAGGAAUGCGCCAACUCCAGCUAUUUUAGCCGACGGUGCGCAUACUAUCCCCGCGGACGCAGGAAAAGAGGAGGAGAAGCUCUUUUACUUCAUUGUAUCGACAAAUCGGCAGCACCUGGAGAUGGUUGUUGGGGAGUUGAAAGAGUUCUUGGAGCCCAUCACAUUACACGGUACGACGCGGUGGGUACUCUCCGAUGUGGACCGUAGUGUCGAGGAAACGAAUAUGCCCGAGGCUGGCCGGCCGGCUGCGCUCCGUCGACUCCUCACCUCUAUCCCACCCUAUGUGGAUGGCUUUUCAAAGGCAUCGGGAAAAAAUUCAAGGCGUAACGGCUCUCACCCCCGUUCCACCCGUCUUGUCUAUAAGAGUCAAGUGAAACACGGGAAGCUACGGGAACUAAAGGAGCGCUUGUUUGUACGUUUUGGAGUGCGUGCGGAUUGCUUUUACGACUACUUGCAGGACACAACGCUGCACGUGGAGGACCUAACCUUUACAAAUCAGGUGCGGCUGCGCAUGUAUCAAGUGGCGAGCCUGGAGCGUUUCCGCCGUGGUAACAAGGCGCACCAGGGCGUUGUGGUGUUGCCCUGUGGCGCAGGCAAAACUUUAACAGGGAUCGGUGCCGCGGUCACCAUGAAGAAGCGUACGAUCGUGUUGUGCAUCAACAACAUGUCCGUCUUUCAAUGGCAGCGUGAGUUCCUGCGUUGGACGAAUCUCCGCGAGCAGGACGUCACGAUAUGCACCGCAAAGCUGAAGCAAAAGCCUGGGGUGGUCUUCAUCACGACCUACAGCAUGCUGAUCGCCAAGCGCGGGAACGCAACUGGAUUGACGGCGAAAGAGUCGGAGAUGAUCAUUGGUAUGGUGGAGAACAACACCUGGGGGUUGCUGCUGUUAGAUGAGGUUCACACCGCCCUCGCGCGUCACUUUCAAGAGGUACUUAACAAGAUUCGGUACAAGUGUGUGUUAGGGCUAAGUGCCACCCUCCUGCGCGAGGACGACCGGAUCGCGAACCUGCGCCACCUUGUCGGGCCCAAGCUGUACGAAGCAAACUGGCUUGAGCUAACACGGGCUGGGUUCCUGGCGAAGAUGGAGUGUGCGGAGGUGCAGUGUCCAAUGCCGGCGUCCUUUUUCACAGAGUAUGUUUUCGCCACCACGGUGGCCUCGAAUAGGCUGAAAGGGCUCGAUCCUAAGGAAAUGGACAGCGACCUGGACGAAGAUAAUGAACUGGAGGGGGGUGGCCGGGGUCUCCGAAAGCGACGCCGUCAUCACGCAAACGGCAACACCUUGCAAGCCCUCGUGCGCAGUGUGGCCAUCAGCAACCCCUACAAGCUCUGGUGUACGCAAGCGUUGCUGGAGUUCCACCGAAACCGCUCGCCACCGGACAAGAUUAUCAUCUUCUGCGACUACCUCGCCGACGUCCGGUACUACGCGCACCACCUCCACCUCCCCUUCAUGGACCGCGAGACGAGCGAGUCGGAGCGGGAGAACCUGCUUCAGUACUUCCAGCACUCCGAUCAGGUGAAUGCGAUCAUCCUGACGCGCGUCGGCGACGUCGCGCUCGACCUACCUUGUGCGUCGGUGAUCAUUCAAAUCUCCGGCCUCGGCGCGUCUCGCCGACAGGAAGCGCAGCGUUUGGGGCGCAUUCUACGGCCUAAACCCCCUUCGUUAGAUAACACUUGCGCGUACUUCUACACCCUCGUCUCGCAGGACACGCAUGAGGUGCGGGUGAGCUAUGAACGGCAAAGCUGGCUUCGCGAUCAGGGCUUUGCCUACCGCGUUCUGCGUUGUGAGGCGGUUCUGCAGGAGUUUGAUCGCGUGGGCGGGCGGCGGUGUUGCAUCGGGGCGCCGCAAUGGUGGUAUGAGGUUCCAACUCCCGUGGACUCGCGGGCGGAUUCGGCGGCGGGCGAGCCCGUCGCGCACGCGGGGCAUUGGUGGGUGCCCUUCUCCCCAGAGGCCUCACGGCGGAUUCAGUACGCCUUUGAUCGUGGCCGGGAUGGGUGCGCCCUGGAAGGGGAAAAGGUGCUCGGGAAGGAGACGGUGCGACCCCCUGCCGAGCAGCUCGGCGGCCACGUCGUGCGGUUUUCGGAGAACUGGCAGGUUCAGUUCAGCAGCGUCGAUGCGCCGAUUUCGUUCGGGACGGUCACCAUUGGGGAGGGGUGUGAUGAAAUUCCGGAAGCCGUGCGCCGGAUCACCUUCGGGCAGCUUCGGCAGCCCCACACCUGCCUGGGUGGGCCCUGUGAGGCCUUUGCGCUUGCACAGCUUAGUGAUGGCGCACGCUCUCCAACACGGGAAGACAGGGAGAGCUACGCGGAUGAAUCGGGGGCUGUGGAGAGGGAGGAUAAAGGGAUGCUGUGA